GUUUGAAAUAUCCAAAUGGACUCUGACUAUCUCUGGCUUUGUCUAAAUCUACUUAUUUAUUGGUGCAUAAUUGAGCAAAGCUUUAAGCAUAUAACUAAUUAGAACAUUUGGAACCAUCUAGUGUACAAACCUAAUGUAGUGAAUUUGAAUUUUACUUUGAAAUUUUAUUUGGCAAUUUAAAAUAAUCUUAAAUUUCUGCAAAAUGCUGAUUAUACGUGUGAUCUCUUGAAAUGCUUUUUAUUUCACAAAAUCUCAGUUUUUAAACAGAAGUGUGUAGAUUCUUGUGUUCCACUCAAAGUGUUUGUUUGUUUUAAGUGCAAUGAAUCACCCAAUUCAACUUUGGUAUUUUAAGAAACAUUAUAUAAGAGGAAUCUGUGUGGCUGAGCUGAAGAGACAUUAAAAGUCAGAACAGGAAAAUUCAUCUUUGCUUAGUUCAGCUUGUUGAAAAUGUCAACUGGGGUCACAUCAAGUUUUACCAGUAAAGUUUAAAAAAAAGUCUGUUUACAGAAGCAAAAUGCACACAAAUAACUUUGUAUGUGAUUUACGGUAGCUUCAGCUGCUUAGUAACCUUUUACAGUUAUUACGGUAAAGCACCGCCGCAGUCAUGAGCUGAUGUUUAUUCCUGACUGGGCUUCGCUGCACAGCCGCUCUGGACUGAUUUCACCUCCUUAACUGGAGUCUGAAAUAACCGUCCGCUCCUUCCAGGUAUGCAAGGAUGAAUCUUUAUUAGAGAUCGGAAAAUGCUUUGUUUAGCUUUAUUGAAAGGCGUAAAUAUUCACUUUGCUUGUGCGCAUCGCUGCUGCGUUUGUCCCUCUGACGCUGCGUAAAAGUAAACUGAAUUUGGCAGCAAGAUGCAGAUGGAUGCCUGGUAUUAGAAGCGCCUACAUAUAUCUGCUCCUAAAAAAAUGCGUCAGAAGAUUGGUGUGUUUACUGGUAUUCUGUUAUGUGGUUUUGUCUGCCAUAUGAGGUCAUGUCAUCUUUCUAAUAUGCAUAACUGGUUUACUUCACAGCUCCACUUCCUGAAUGAAAUCUUGCCAAGUCAGGAAAGAAAAUAGUGAAUAAAGGGGCCUCCAAGUUAGGAUUCUGGUUCGGAUCAAGGAUUUUUAAUCAAUUACCUGGCGUGUUGAAUCCACAGAAGUCUGGGUUCAUGCCGGAUUUUGAGCAUUUCAGAUUUUCCUACUCAAGAAUGAAUCCUGUCCUGAGGGAGAGCGGCUUCCUGGCUCCGCAGCAGCAUCACCACAUUAUGGGCCAGGCGGAUGCAGCCAUCCCGGAGCCAGGCUACAUCCUGGGGGACAGCGGUGGAUUCGGGCCGGAUGGCUUGUCAGGGUUGGACCUAGGUGUCCUGCCGCCGUCGUCGGGUCUGGCCUACCUGCACCGGGCGCCCCCUGCGGCCACGGCCCUGCGCAAUGACCUGGGAUCCAAUAUAAGCGUGCUAAAGACCCUGAACCUGCGAUUCCGCUGUUUUUUAGCCAAAGUCCACGAACUGGAGCGCAGGAAUAAAGUGUUGGAGAAGCAACUGCAGCAGGCCGUGGAGAACAGCAGCGGCGGAGAAGGGCUUCAUAAGCCCCUGACCAAAGACACGGGGGUCCAGACUGGAUUUAUCGGACCAAUUCCAUCCAGACCGAACUACAUCCCGCUCCAUAAUGUCAGUAAUUCGGCCUACCUACCAGGCGGUCUCCUCUCUCCCACCCUGAACCCCCCUCCGCUCCUUUCAAACCACCUGAACACAGAUUCAAACUCCAACCUCACCUCAACGGGUUUCCCGCUCGGUGCCGCUCUGAGUCCGAACGAUUCGACCAAAACCUUGAGCAACAUUAACGAAAAGCACGCCGCCAGCAGCAGUCUGCCUCCACCGCCGCGCUUCCUCCCCGGAACCAUCUGGUCCUUCAACCACACCCGCCGCUUCGGCAUCGGCAGGGAGUCGGGGCCCGGGGUCUCCUGGGCGCACCCUGACGGCAUCGGGGUCCAGAUCGACACCAUCACACCUGAGAUCAGAGCUCUGUACAACGUGCUGGCCAAGGUGAAGAGGGAACGGGACGAGUACAAGAGGAGAUGGGAGGAAGAGUAUGACGCCAGAAUGGAUCUGCAGGAAAGGGUGGCUGAACUUGAGGAGGAUCUGCAGGAGAGUGAAGUGUACCAGGAUGAACUGGCUCUCAGGGUGAAGCAGCUCAAGGCAGAGCUUGUUCUUUUCAAAGGACUUGUUAGCAAUGACCUGUCUGAUCUGGAGUGCAAAAUUCAAGAAAAGGCCAUGAAGGUGGACAUGGACAUCUGCCGGCGCAUCGACAUCACAGCUCGCCUGUGUGACGUCGCCCAGCAGAGGAACUGUGAAGACGUCAUCCCCAUCUUCCAGGUACCCACUCCUCCAUCCGCUUCUGGCCGCCGCACUAGGAAGCCGAGUGGGCAGUCACAAAAGAGCGGCGACGGAGAUGAACUGAGCGUGUCAGAGAGUGAGGGGGGAGGGGCCAAAGACGAGGAGUCCAGCAGCACGUCGGCCAGUCUGAUAAACGAGCAGAUGCAGAAAAUGCUGAAUCACCUGAGGGAGUGUGAGUUUGAAGAUGACUGCGACAGUCUGGCCUGGGAGGAGACGGAUGAGACGCUUCUGCUGUGGGAAGAUUUUUCUGGAUAUACACUGGGAGUUGAAACACAGGGAGAGGACGAGUCGAUUGAGAAAGUGAUUAAAGACACAGAGUCCAUGUUCAAAUCUAGAGACAAAGAAUAUCAGGACACAAUUGACCAAAUAGAGCUGGAACUGGCCACAGCUAAGAGCGACAUGAACCGACACCUGCAUGAGUACAUGGAGAUGUGCUCCAUGAAGAGAGGGCUGGACGUCCAGAUGGAGACCUGCAGGAGACUCAUCACACAGAGCGGAGACAGAAAAUCCUCCCCGCUCAUCAUACCAACAGCUGAUGACUCUGAAAAGGAGGAGAAGAAGAAGAAUCCGACUCUACCUGCUAACUCUGAGAGCAGCAAUCCCUUUUGCAACAUAAAUGCUGGUAUCCCACCUAUGAACUGGAGAAAACCCUGACCCUCAAUCCCAUUCUGCUAUUUCUUCCUCUAGUGUUUUAGGAUAACUGAAAUAAAGAAAACACACACUUUCCCCACAUUCUAGGAUUUUUGUGGAUAUUUCUAAAAUUUUAAAAGUAACACAAUAUAUUUGGGAUUUCCUAAAACAGCCUACUAACACUGGGUUCCUUUAAUCUCGUAGGCAGAAAAAACAGCCAAAGGAAGACAAAAGCAGACAGUUCUGUUUUCUGUCUAAAGCAAAAAGAAAAUUUCCUCCACCGUCUUUCAGAAGCAACUUUGAAUCAUGUUCAGUGUCAUAGGAAGAGAAAAUAAUUCACCACUGAUUUGUAAACUUCUGCCCUCAUGUGGUGACUUUCUGUAAUUACAUUUAAAAACUGCUGCACCUCAAAGUGACAAAUGAAGGUGAAUCUGUAAGAUGUAAGGAAUGCGCAUUAUUUUGCACAAUAAACUGAUUAUUUAGUGUGGGAGCCUGUUAUUUGCACAGUCUGUAAAAAAAGCUUCUUAGUACCAAUAAGCCACAGAAGAAUGUAGUAUGCACAUGUCACUUAAAUAUGAAAAACAAAAAUCCUAUUUAUAUUUAUUUUAGGUGAAAGUUGUUUAUUAUUUCAGCCCAGAUCCCUCUUGAGAUUGAAAUAUGGAUCUCAAUAGGGUUUUACGUGGUUAAAUAAAGACUUUUUUAAAAUUUAUUUAUUUAAAAUAAUAUACCUCUCCAUGUCGGAUUUCUGGAAAUUUUCAUAAAGCAGUAAAUACAGUUAAAAACACAAAUUGCAAUUUGUUCAGCAUCAUUGAAAGAUUAUGGUAACUAUUAAUAGAGACAUUAAGAUGUAGUGAAUUAAAAGCUUGAGGGUUAGUUAUAUAUGUAAAGCCUUGGUAAAAACUAAAUAUCUGGGUGGUUUUUAACCAAACUUUGCUUUGAGGCUGAACUGACUCUGAGCAAAUAGAAUUAACUGUGGUUCUGGGAUUAUAAAGGAAUAUUUAUGUUGUGCUGUCCCAAACCACUCAUUGGAGGUUUGACUCUUAGCAUUUUUUUUGCAGGGUUGUUAUAUAAAUGUAGCCAAAUUGUGUUGGCUAAACCUAUACAUCUUAAGAAAUCCUUAAUUUCUUUAAUGAAAUUAAAGAAAAAAAAAAAUCCAAUUACAAAAACAAAACAAAAAAAAAUCACUUUUCAUGUUAAUAAAACAAAAAUCUUUUAAAAUUAGAUAUCAUUUGCUAUUUAGUCAAACAUUUCUUUCAAAUAAUUAGACCGUGUUCUGCAGUGACAUUAUUUUAUUAAGUUUCUAUUUUUAAUUUGAUAUAUUUUUAUUCAGUUAUUUAACCCCAAGUUUUUAUACUUGAAAAGCAUUUACCUAUAACUCGAUGGUUUGUAAUGCUAAUUUGUUACAUUGAGUUCAUUUUAAAAAAGUCACCUUUGGAAAAUUUGCUUUUAAAAAGCAGGUUUUUGUGCUAGACGUGAGGUGAUGGUUUAAGCUGGAAACAGCUUGCCUCCUUAUUCAGAGCUUCAACCAAGUUUAGGAUUGAAUACAUCAUCUGUUGAUUUCAAAUACCAGAUCACUUACUUUGCUUUGAGGUAUGUGUCUGACCUCUAAUUGCCCAUUUUUGUGAAGAGCUGUAAUAUUGUAACUGAUCAGUGUGUGUGAUGCUGACCUAUUAAUGCUGCAAGCUUUGUGUCCUAUGAUGUAAAUGUUGGUGAUUUUCAAUGCAGAUUUACUUUUUUGUGUAUUGCCAGAAACAAUGUUUUGAGUUAUUCGGAUCCCAACAGCAACUCUGGGAUCAAUACGAUGUACAAAUAGGUUAUUUUAGUGUAAGUAGAUUUUAGAAGCAUAGGUUUUUGCUUUACUGUGCUGAAAUGGUGCACUGAAUGACAGUUUGUUUGUUUUUUAUAAUUAUAUACCCAUAAUCCUCAGAUGUUUUUUUUUUUUUUUGUGUGUGUGUUUUUUUUCAAAGGGUCACAUGUAUGUGUACUAAACACACCUGCAACAACUUGGUAGCUUCUGUCAUUCUAUUUCUUCCUUUUUAAAAUUUCUUUUAACACAUUAUUCUUUUUCAGUCAAAGAAAUGUACAAAAAUAUCCUAAUUAGGUUCUUUGUUCUUGAAACUAAAACAAAGUAGCUGCAAGUUAUAGAAAACAAACCAUUAGCAAGAAAAAUGUUAAAAAAAGACAGUCUCAGGUUAAAAACUGGUUACCUGAAUGAGAUCAUCUGCUGUUUGAUUCUCAACAUAGAACUCAAUGUGUGUGAGUAAAUUGUUGAGAAAUGAAAUGUUUGAAUUAUUAUUAUUAUUAUUAUUUUUUUUUUUUUGUCAUGGGCUAUGUUGUGAUUUGCAGAGCUGUGUUUGAUCAAAAUAAGAUGACAAACAGAAUAAAUUGCAUUAGAAAGAUG